AUGCCCGAGUCAACCCCCAGGCAGGAGGUCAUCAGGGGUCUCGCGAACACCUCCGGUGAGAACAUUUGCAAUAUGGUGAUGGCUGGAACGUCCUCCAAGUUGAAGCGUCGGCAGAACAAGGUCGAAAGGGAGGCUAGUGGAAAGAUGGAGAGGGAGACUGAGGAGCAGAAUGGCAAGGGCUCUAUUUCUUACUGA